UACGGAAAAAUAUAAAAAUCUCGCACCACUUUCACCGUUUUGUAAAUUAGACAGUGUUUUGUGAAAAAUCCGUUUGGUUGCUCACGAUUUAUUGGGACUGCGUUAAUUAUUCGUGGUAGUUUUGGUUUUUCGAAGGUGUUUGUAGAGAAGUUAUGUGACUACUGUAGCUCACACGCUACGGUCUCGAUACUGUACCUGAGCCACCAAGUGUCACAGAUGGAGAGCACCCCUAAAACAGCUAAAGUAAAAUCAGUGUAUUCUUCACCGUGUGAUUCGGUGGACUUCAGCCCCGGUGAAUGCAAAGAGGAAAAGCCACAUCAAAAGCUGAGCUCCUCGCUGAAGGAGAGGCUGAAGAGAUCGAGGCGCUCCUUCACCUCACCCCUCUCUGUGGCCAAACGCCUUUGUGUUGAUGAGCUGGAGGAGGGUGGCCAACAAGUUUCAGCAGAUUCCCGGGAGACCGUUAAUAAUUCUCUUCUCGUCAAGCCCAAUGUUGAUGUAAACAGAAAUGACAUGAGAUCAGAGAGUGAAAGGUUUUCUGGACCCAUUCCCGAACCAACACAUCUUCCUUCAGACGACUUAGCACAGCGACGAGACCAACUCAGGAAGGAGGUUAAAGACAAGAUGGAGACUCUGCGCAGACUCAAGAUGGUUAAGAUGUACCGAAGCAAGAAUGAUUUAACACAGCUCCAAACCUUGAUUGACAAGUGGCGGAGUUGUGCUCAGGCUGCACUGUGUGAGCUCCAGUCAGACGUACUGAUAGAAGGACGAAAGGCCAGCCUGUCUGAGCUUAUUGACCUCUUUGGUCUGGAAGACGGGAUUCUGCACUUUGACCGCACAGAGGAGGACUUCACUACCUAAUAUAAUGCUCUGAAACAGACACAUCAUUUGUGUCAUCAGUUUACAAAAAUACUACAGAGCAUUUCAAAUAUUCUGAGUAAUUUAAUUGUUCUGUUUGUUGCUGCUACAAUAUUUGUUCACAGCUUGAGUUGUAAAUUUUAUGUUUACUUGUUAAGAGAAGUGUAAAUAAAACCCAAUUGUCUGUUCAAGAGAAGCCUUUGCUCAGUUGUGUUUCAGCUGGUCAAGUGAUGGAAAGUUCUUCAUCUUCAGACGCUCAAGCUCUGCCCAGAGGAAACCCAGAUCUUCUGCCUGUGCUCUGGCGAAGUCCUCCAAGUUCUUCUUCUGAACGAUUUCCCGGUGGCGCUCCUCUGUUUUAGCUGCCUCAUUUUCCUCUGAAGCUAAACACCAAACAAGCCAACAUUUUCAGUCAGGGGAGGCUUUAAAAACAUUUUGUUUGCUGAAAUUAGUGUAUUAUUACCUGUUGCUUCAUA